AUGGAUACUCUUACUCCAAAAAUAUCUUCAACGGAUACAAGCAGCAGCAACAGUUCUUCAGCUUCACCAUGUAUGGAUAAAAAAUCUAACAAAAAAACGCAGCGCGAUCAUAAACUGUCCAAUUCGCGUUCACGUAGCUUCUUGCAUUGCAUUGGCAAACGUUUGGGCAAACAUUUUAUGCAUCAUCAUCCGCAUGAUGCAAUUUUUAACAGUCAAGAUGAUUUACGCAGUUCCUCGACUGACUCCUUUUCAUUAAGUUUUGAACGUGGUUCUCAUUUAGAAUGUCACAUCACUGGCUCAAGUCUUGAUCUUACCAGUGAGGAACCAAAUUCACGCACUUCAUCAGCAUCAGCUUGUUCACGUCUCUCACCCAUAUUGUGUCCUUUAGACUUAGAUGAAUUAGAUUCAUUUCGUUACAAUAAUCAAAACCAUUUCUACGUAGAGACUAUGUAUCGACCAAAUAGUGCUUUCGAACAUAAUAAUAAUGGCAGUUUAAGUAGCGAUGAUGAUGAUGAAAAUGUACCAGAAGAACAAAACACAAAUUCAGUUCCAGCUUCCAAUACACCACGUUCAGUUUCCACAGCAGCUUGCAAAGGUUUACACUUAAGUCGCAUAUCAAUUUCUUCCUCUGUACGCAGUAUGUUCCAUCAUUUUUCACAAACCACUUCAACGCGUUCCUUGUCAUGCAGCAGCACGCCUUUGAGACGUAUAAGUGAUACGAUUUCCAAAAAACAGGUUGUCAAGUCCAAAAAAUCCACUGCGUCCACCAUAUCAGCGCCAGCAAACACAAAUCGUGACAACAAAAAGAAGGAAAAGAAGCAGCAGAGCAUCCUGCGUCCACCAAUCAAUUAUGUUUAUAUGAAGGGCAUGUCGGGCUUAUAUUCGCGUGUACCACGUUACACAGUCUGUUGUCCUUACGCGAUGCAGCAAAUCGCCUAAAUUUAAGGUGCGACCAAAAGUGAAAGGAAAGUGCAAUUGUUAUUGAGAGAGAAAAGCAACUGUUAUAUACAAAUGUUUUUUUUUUUUAUUCUUAAAAUUGUUUAAUAUUUAUAUGUAAUAUCGAAUUACUUACAAAUGAAAGACUUACUUGAUGUUUAGAUUAGAAUUGGCGUAGAAAGUGAUUUAGUGCCUCGAAAUUAAGAUAAGAGUGUGCAUUUUAGAAUUUAAUUCCAAGUAGUAAAGUAUUUGAAUAAUAAAAAUAAAACUAUUGUUAAAGACAGCAGAGUAUAUAUGUUAGAUAUUUAUUAAGAUAUCGGCACUGAAAAGUU